AUGUCAAAUUUAAAUAUAAAUAGUCAAGCACAAAAUUCACCAGAUCCAACAAGGAGAUCGUUUGGUACUGGUGGUAGUGGUAGUACAUUUUCACCAGGCGGUAGCGAUUCAAGAAUUAUGAGUGUAAAUAUUGUCGAUAUUAUUGGACAACAAGAUCAUGUAAAAAGCGAAAUUUUAGCAAAAAAUCAAAAACAAUUAUUCGAUUUAAAAAGAGAAAUAUCACAAUCUAGUAAAAAGAAUUUUACAUUAGAAAGGGAUAUAAAGAAUUUAGAUAAAAAGAUAGCAUUAUUAAUUAAGAAUAGAAUUACAUUGGAAGAGAUUAUGAAUAGUGGUGAUAUAGUUGAAUUACAAACUCGAACCGUUACAUUGAAGGAUAAAUCACAAAGGGAUCAUUAUGGACAAUUAUUUUAUUUACUUCAAAACAAUACCACCUACAUUGCACAAUUGGCGAAAUUGGUAAAGGUUGGAGAGAUCGAUAAUCUAUUGCAAACGGUGAUGUUUACACUCUAUGGUAAUCAAUAUGAGGAGAAAGAAGAGCAUUUACUAUUGUCAAUGUUUCAAAAGGUAUUACAAGAGGAAUUCAAAGAGGCAACAUCCAUUGGUUCACUGUUACGUGCCAACACAGCAUUGACACGUAUGAUGACAACAUACACACGAAGAGGACCAGGUCAACAAUAUUUGAAACAACGUCUCACCAAACCAUUGGCUGAUAUCACCAGCAACAAGGAUUUGAUAUUGGAGGUGAACCCAUCCACUGUCUAUGAGAAUUACAUCAACGAGUACGAGACUAAAACCGGCAAACCUUCACCAUUGAAACGUAAGGUAUCACCAGAGGAGUGUGCUGAUAAUCAAAACGUUAAAGAUAUCAUUAAACCACGUAUCGAUAAACUCAUUGAAAUUGGUGACCAAUUCUUGGACUCCAUUCUAUCGAGUGUUGACGCCGUUCCCUAUGGUAUUCGUUGGAUUUGCAAACAAAUUCGUGAAUUGGUAAAACAAAAGUUCCCACAAGCAACCCGUGCUCAAACUUGUGGUUUAAUAGGUGGUUUCUUCCUCCUUCGUUAUAUUAAUCCCGCCGUUGUCACUCCACAAGCAUUCAUGUUGGUCGAUGCUAAACUUUCAAAUAACACCAAGAGAAAUCUAACUUUUCCCGCUAAAAUGCUUCAAAACCUUGCAAAUAAUAUCAUGUUUGGUGGCGUAAAAGAGUUCUUUAUGGAACCACUCAAUGUAUUUUUAGAUAGGAACAAGGAUCGUUUAAAUGACUUUUUGGAAUCCCUCACUGACGUAGAGUCUUUGAGUGAUCACCUUCAAUUAGAUAAAUAUUUAGCAAUGGCAAAAACUUCCGAUAUCACCAUCAAUAUCACUUUGAAUGAAAUGUACUUUGUUCAUUCCCUAUUGGAGCAACAUAUCAAUAGUUUGGCACCCGAUCAAAAUGAUCCACUUCGUGUGAUCUUAAAUGAUUUAGGUGCUGCUCCACCACAAUUAUCUCGUACCGAGAAUGCAAAUGUCGAAUUGAAACUCACAAAUCGUUUCGCUGCCGAUCAUCAUAAUUUACCAACUUCCUCAUCAACCUCUUCAUCUUUAAAUAUAGGUGGUUCAGUUGGUGGUGGCGGUGGAGGUGGUGGUGGUGAUAAUACAUCGGGUCAAUCAAAUCCUGAACAAGUUUACAAUGAAACCAAAUAUUUAUUGAUCACUGUACUUCGUUCAUUGGCUUCAACUCCUGGUACCGGUGAUAUGGGUGCAUCUUUAGCAGAGGUUGCUAAACAUGCUGCACUCAAUAAGAAUCAAGAUAUUGUAGAUAACAUUAAAAAGAUAUUGGUCAAUGUAAAGAAACUCUCAUUGGAAGGCUAUUUGAAAGGUGAAGAUGAUAAUUUCACUCAACUUCGUAAAGAUAUCGUAGCGGAAUUACUCAACUAUGAAACCUAUAUCAGUAAAACUGCUAAAGACAUUGAAAAACUUAAAGAGGUUUUAUCAGCAAUUCAUCAACAUAAUCUAUUCUUACAACAACAAUUGGAUUACUACGAAAAAUAUCUUUCAAAUGUUCGUGAAAAUUGUGGUACCAAUGCAAGUGGUAGUAGUGAUAAGAAAUCAAAGAAGGAUAAAGAUAAAAACAAAGAUAAAGACUCUUCCACUGAUAAAGCAACUGGAAAGAAAGCUAUGGUUAAAAAGGGUCCUUUCAAAUUUAGUUACAAUCAAAUGGAAAAGGAUGGCUUAAUCUGUCAAUCCGAAGUACCAGAAGAUAGAAGAUCAAACAUAUUCUUCUCUUUUAGUUCUGAAUCUCCUGGUAUCUACGAUGUCGUAUUAAUCUAUAGAACUACCGCUGUCUCUGAAAUUAGGUUACAAUUAGAUGAACUCUUGGAAAUGCAAUCAAAUGGUCAAACUGAAUACGAAACAACUUUCUUUAAAUUAAAUGUUAAUUUAUUGUUAUAUGUUUUAAAUAAAACAUUUAUUUCAUAA